AGUUCUUUGGUUCUGCGCGCACCGAUGCUGGGCAUCUAGCUGGUGGGACUCAAAACUCGGGCGAAGUUUAGAGGCUCCUGGCUGGCUUUCCCUGAUGCCGGUUGGGCCAUGAGGGAUGAGAAUACAGAGUCGAGCGUUCGGCACGCAGCUUGCUGGAGGAGAGCAGGUUGGGGAUGGUGACGCCGGGCUCCAGGUAUGAAGCGGCCGCUGAGCCCAUCUCCCCCGGCUGGGAAGGAGCUGCCCACAUCUGGAGCUACUGAGUGCCCCCCUCGGCCCCCAGAACUGCCUAAGCCCAAGCGGGAAAGAAAACGGCCGUCCUAUACGCUCUGUGACGUCUGCAAUAUCCAGCUGAACUCAGCAGCCCAGGCCCAGGUGCACUGUGGGGGGCGCGCCCACCAGAGGCGGCUUCGGCAGCUCAGCUUGGGAAAGACCCCCACUGGGCCAGCAGGCCCAGCCUCCAGCACCCCCAGCCCCCUGCUGGCCUCCCUGCCCCUGCCUGCCAGGCCUCUGCAGCCCCCGCUGGACUUCAAGCACUUGCUCGCCUUCCACUUCAAUGGUGCCACCCCGCUCAGUCUCACCCCCAACUUCAGCACGAUGGACCCGAUCCAGAAAGCUGUCAUCAGCCACACAUUUGGGGUCCCCUCCCCUCUAAAGAAGAAGCUCUUCAUUUCCUGUAACAUCUGUCACCUGAGGUUCAACUCAGCGAACCAAGCUGAAGCACAUUACAAAGGCCACAAACAUGCCAGAAAACUCAAGGCUGUCGAAGCUGCCAAGAACAAACAGAGGCCACAAACCCUGGCCCGGGAUGGGGCGCUGGUGUCCCCAACCCCGACUCCAGCCGGUGGAUCCCCUGGAGAGACACACAGCAAAGCCGUUCCUGCAGCCCCACCUCCCGGCCCCCAACUCCAGCCAGCGCUAACUCCAGACCCCACGCCGACGGAGCCAACCCACUCAGAUCUCUUGGAUGCUGCCUCCUCUUCUUCUUCUUCCUCCUGCCCACCCUGCUCCCCAGAGCCUGGGAGAGAGGCGCCAGGGCCUGAACUGGCAGCAGCUGCCGUGGGAAGCGGUGCCAGUGGGGAGGGCAGGAGCGAGAAGGGCCGCCUCUACUGCCCCACGUGCAAGGUGACAGUGAACUCCGCCUCCCAGCUUCAGGCUCACAACACAGGAGCCAAGCACCGGUGGAUGGUGGAAGGUCAGCGAGGUGCUCCUCGAAGGGGCCGGGGCCGCCCCGUGCCCCGGGGAGGCGGACACAAGGCCAAGAGAGUGGCAGGGGGCCAGGGCAGCCGACAGGGGCCCAGUCCCCCCUUUCACUGUGCCCUGUGUCAGCUCCAAGUCAAUUCAGAGACCCAACUCAAGCAGCACCUGAGCAGCAGGAGACACAAAGACCGCCUGGCUGGGAAGCUCCCCAAGCCGUCCAGCCAGCACAGUAAGCUGCAGAAGCAUGCAGCGCUGGCUGUGAGCAUCCUCAAGUCAAAACUGGCCUUGCAGAAGCAACUCACCAAGACACUUGCAGCACGCUUCCUGCCCAGCCCGAUCCCUGCUGCUGCCACAGCCAUCUGUGCCCUGCCAGGGCCCCUGGCUCUCCGGCCUGCCCCCACAGCAGCCACCACCCUCUUCCCAGCUCCCAUCCUGGGCCCGGCUCUGUUUCGCACCCCAGCAGGAGCGGUCCGCCCUGCCACAGGGCCCAUUGUCUUUGCACCCUACUAGGCUUCCCGGGGAGGCCGGGGCUUGGCUCCGAGCAGUUGUUGUCCUUGCCUCCCCUUCCCGAGAGGAGACUGCCAUUUGCAGCCUAGAACUUCCUGCCCAGUCUAGGAAGAGCUGGGCUAGGUUUAAGGGCAGCUGCCCUUUGCCCAGUCUGGACUAAGGAUUCAACUACAACCCUCCUGGCCCUGGACCUUCCAGCCUCCUCAGGCUAGCGCUGGGCUCCCCUGCAUUGCCCAGCCUGAUUUGAGGGGAGCAAACUGAGAAGUCCCAAAGAUCUAUGCAAAAUCCUAGUCCCAGCCCCAUGGUGCUCAGUUCCCCCACUCGAGACCUAGAAUCCCAUGGCCAGAGCCCUAGCAAUCUUCACUUUGAGCCUGACAAGAAGUCUAGAGAGGAGGCUCUCCCCAUUCACUGGAUUCUCUGGAGAAUCAGUGGAGGUGGCAUAUGGGGUCUCAAGCUGGACAGGGUUCAAGGCUCUCUGGACACGGUGACCCUGGGGGAGUGGAAGAAGACUGUGGAGGAGAAAGGGGAGCAAAUCCAAGGUGGGGCUGAAAGAUCUUGGGGUUCUUCUGCUGUGAUCAGACAGGGCUGGGAGAGGGGGAGGGGGGGUGACUUUCUGGUGGGCCGUUUUAACAGAGGUUGUCAACCCCACACAAGCUCUCUCCUCAGCUUUUCACUGAAUCCUCCUGAACCCCUCUUGGGGAGUGGGCAUUGGAUCUCUCCAGACUAUGGGCCCAGCUAACAUCAAUCCCCCCAGGGCUCUCAAAACAAAAGCUUUCCCCUCAAGGCUCCUCACCCCAAACUGGUCCCCAACACUAAAUCUAGCUGCCCCCCUCUCCCAAGCAGAAUCCAGCCCCCUCACUGUGAACCUAAGUGCUGGGGUCCAGGCUCACACACUCAAGACCCAUUUCCAUGCUGUCAAAGUGAACGUCACAACCUUCAUCCCACCCUCCCCUUCACUGCUCUGCCACCCCACAAUAUGGGACUUGCCAGUAUCCACCUGGAUCUUUUCCUUUUUUAGAGAUUCCCAAUGGGGGGACAAGUAAGGGGGAGGGGAGGGAAACCUUUGAUAACAGUUGUGGUUUUAUUGUGUCCAAUGCAUCAAUAAAUGAAUUCAAGCCCGA